GAGAGUUUUCUCAAUUUUUCUAAAAAAAAACACAAAAAUUACCUUAAUUUUCUGUGAAAAUUCUAAAUAAAACGUGUCAAGAAAUUAAAUGACAUCCAAAAACUUAAGAUUUCUGUAAAAAUAUUUACAUAAUUAGAAAAAAAAAUGGAACUUUUGACCUUUGAACAGCAACUUUACGAAAAGCAACAAAAAGGCGAAUACGCAGAUUGUUCCUUCAUUUUCAACACAAAAGACGAAGAAAAUCCCGAAAUUGUAAUCCACGGUCACAAAAUCAUUCUUUCGGCAGCUUCCAAAUAUUUCGAGACCCAUUUCAAAGCUGAAUGGGACACAAAUUCACCGAUUUUGAUCACAACCUUCAACCACGACGUUUUCAAUAAACUUUUGCGAGCCGUUUACUUACGAAAAAUCGACUUUGAAACAUUGGACGAAGCUGCGACGAUCUAUCAAGCUGCCCAUUUCUACCAAAUGAAACGCGAAUUGGAUCUCUUGUCGGACGCGAUGAAGUCAUUUUGCAUCGCUGGAAAAUUUUUGGCCAUUUCUGUGCUCGCCAACACCGCCUGGAAGUACCAAGAUUGCAAAUUAAUUCCGUUUGUGUCCAAAUAUUUCGCCACAAAUGCCCACAAAAUCAUCGAGGAUCCGGAUUUUAUGCGUUUUCAUCCCGACGUCAUCAACUGGCUGUACCAACAUGACGAUUUAUCGGUAACGGAAUGCGGUUUGGCAAAAGCUCUGCAAAAAUAUUUGCAAACUAAUGAAUCAAUUUCAUCGUCAAUGGUCGAAUCAGCAAUCGGCGCCAUAAGAUUUUUGACAAUGUUGGAGCACGAAAUUCAGGAAAUCGAAUUUUUGACUCCAGCUCACAAGGAAUUUCUCAAAGGAGGAAGUCAAACCACUUUGAAUUACACGAAUUUUUCGCCAAGCACGAAUCCUCGGUACGUCAAGUCAUUUUUCUCGCUGUUGCCGUCACAUCUUCAAAUUGAACUCGUUAGAAAAGUUGAUAAAUUUUAUUGUUGGGUUUGUCGGGAGCCGCAUGAUGUCACCACAUGUAGAAAAGCUUGUACACAAUAUCCGGUGUAUGAUCGAAUUGAGCCCUUGACAAAGGUGAAUGACGAAUUUCACACGUUUUUCGAGGAAUAUCCCGCCACUCAGAUCAUCGAAAUUUUGAAAGAACUUGAAAAUAUGCCAUAUCGAGCGAGUUCUUUAUUGAUCUUUAGAGAAGCUACUGAUAUUUUAGAUAAUAUUUACUACGUUUGAUUUUUUUUUUGUAA